AGAAAUUAAAUGAAAUUCUCAGUGCGUUGAGGUUAGCCCAGAUGAGCUAAACAUAUUUUGUUGAAAAAUUUUGCUUAUAUGUUUCUCCCUGAAAUUCACUGUGAAAUAUCUCAUAAAUUAGUCAUCGCGAUGCUGUGAAGUGCUGUCGAACGUGUGUAGUAUCGAACUGUGUGUGGCAUUAUCUGACUCUUUCCUCAAAUAAACUACAAAAAUCAGUAUUUCUUGGUCACCAGAGUUACAUUCUUGGCGAAAAAAUGAGCGACAGCACCUGGAACAUCAAUGUCCACAUAGUAACAUGGAACGUCAGCACCAGAUAUCCAGAAGGAGUUGCCCUUCAUUCACUUCUGGGCCUUAAUACCAAUCCUGAACAUGAUACAGAUCUACCGGACUUCUAUGUUAUUGGGUUGCAAGAGGUGAAUGCUCAGGUGCAGAAUCAGGUUAUUGGGCUAUUCAAGGAAGAUCCAUGGACGUUAAAAUUCAAAGAAUUGCUGCGCGAACGGAACUUUGUGGUGGUGAAGACAGAGCAGAUGCAGGGCUUACUGUUGAUGAUCUUCACGCGGAAGAAGCACCUUCUGCAUCUCAGGGAAAUCGAAGCUGAAUACACAAGGACGGGCCUUGGGGGUAUUUGGGGCAAUAAAGGUGCUGUGAGCAUCCGAAUGAACAUCUACGGAUGCACUGCGGUAUUCCUGAAUUCUCAUCUAGCAGCACAUGACCAUAUGCUGGACGAACGCGUGGAGGAUUACAAUAAAAUUGUGCAGGAGCACAAGUACCACGUCAAAGCGCGUGAAAAUAUCUUCAACCAUGACUACGUGUUCUGGUUCGGUGACCUCAACUUCCGACUCACUGGUGAAGCCACCACAAGUCCUGAGGACAUUCGGGCUGAAGUUAAAAGAGACAAUCUUAAAGAAUUAAUCCAGAAGGAUCAAUUGUUACUCGUUAUGAGCCAAAAAAGGGCCUUUAGUGAACUCAAUGAGCGCCUUCCGGCAUUUCCGCCAACCUUUAAGUUUGAGCCAGGAACUCAAGAAUAUGACAUGAAGCGCCGUCCAGCUUGGUGCGAUCGGAUUCUGUAUCGUGUAUCGGAUCGCAAGUACAAUAAUGUAAAACUUAUUGCAAAGCAGAAUUCCUAUAAAAGUCACCCAGCUUUCUCCAUUAGCGAUCAUAAGCCUGUUACCAGUGAGUUUAACAUAAAGAUUUUCAGUGAUCCCUCCGAGAAGAUGGUGGAAUUUGCUCCAAUUGACAUUUGGACCAUUGGUGAAGAGUACACGGUCAAGUACACCCUCCCAGAGGGACUGGAUGAUGCUGGAAGUGACUGGAUUGGUGUAUUUAAUUCCGACUUUGGAAGCAUGGAGGAGUACUUGGCGUACGAGUACACAAGUCGCUGCAAGGAGGAAGAACAACGUCGUACUUUCUCGCUCACAUUCCCGGACACACUCUACCUCCCUGAAGAUCCAAUGCAAACCUACGUACUCGUGUACUUCCAGAGCACAGGAACUCGGGGUAUUACGGGUCUGGCAGGCAUGAGUGAACCCUUCCGUGUUGAACAUCGUGCUCCAAGUCCCAGUUACAACUCUGUUGACUAGCUUAGCUAAGGUGUAGUCCCUGAGAGUCACAACACCAACCACGAAUUUAGUAGGAUUGUUCUUUUGUCCGUUGAGUCAAUUAGAAAGCGGCAGCAUUCACCAUUCAGAGCUUUUUCUGCAAGCACUUUCCUCUUUGAAAAAGAAGAGCCUUCCAAAAAGGUAGGAGAGUGCCAACAGACGCUUCCACUUUUGUUGUACAUUUUUUUGUGUAUUAGAUUUUUUUUGUAAAUUUUAUUUUCUAUGAGAUGAAAUGGGCCUCGUUUUGAGACUAUAUAAAGAAACAUUAUUUUUAUGUUGCAAACAAA